AUGACAUCACAAGUCCUUCAUCUGCCGAAAGGCGUGAAAUCGAUGUUUCUGUUGAGGAAGCAGUUGUUCACUCCGUUGGGAACCAUUGGGUGUCAACACAUCUACGGCAGGAGUAAAAUCGGCAAACGAGAGGUCGUGGGCUUCGGAGUGAACGGCACUUACACUUACUUCGAUGUGCCGGACGUCCCGAUGCCUGCCAUCCGCUUCAGGGAAGCCGACACUCAGAUCAGCGCUCUUCGCGAGAAGGAGAAGGGAGACUGGAAACAGCUCACCAUCGAUGACAAGAAGAAACUCUAUCGAUUCAGUUUCUGCCGGACGUACGCCGAGAUGAUGGCUCCGACCGGUGAGUGGAAGUCAAUCCUCGCCGGAGUGCUGGCGAUAGUGACGACCGCUUUGUGGACAUAUGUGUUGAUCAAGAAAUUCGUGUAUGCGCCAAUGCCUGAGUCCACUUCACUCGAGUGGCGUAAGAAGCAGAGGGAUUGGAUGGUUCUCUGGAAGGUUAACCCCAUUGAAGGCCUUUCCUCCAAAUACGACUACGAGAAGAAUAGAUGGAAGGAUUAGAGCAACACUUCUUCCGCUUAGAAGUAGUGUUAAGGAAUCAAUUGAUUGUUUGUCUUCACUUUUUUCUCUCUAAUGUCCUCUAAUUCCUGUAUCGAUUGCUUUAAGAAUUUAUUUCCAAUUAUAUUACUAUUAAAUGUAUUGUUAUUUUAGUUAUUAUAAAAAUCAGUAGUAAAACGAAACAAAAGGCAUUCUUAUCGCUGAGACGUUAUAUUUCACGUAAAGCUCUUAAUGUUUGCGAUAAGAUAAGAGCGAAAACUGCCAUUAAAUUGCAAAAACUGUAGAAAAUGUAAACACAAAUACGAAAUGAUUUCCAAAUAAAGUAUAUAAUUAAAUAUGAAUAGA